GCUUGGAAAGGAAAGUCAAGCCAAGCGGGGGGAGAGGCGACUUCCAAACAACCCGCCGCUUCCCCUGCUGACUCAAAAGAUUUGUUUACUGGCGGGAGGCGACUCCUGGGCAUCUUGGCCCUUAGUGGGAAGGCAGCCAUGGCCACUGAGGGGGUGCCAGCCUGCGAGGAAGAGGAGAAGGACGAGGAGAGGCGAGAAGCCGCCUUAAGGAAACUCAUCGUCCGCCUGAAGAACGUCCAGGAAGGGAAGCAGAUCGAGACCCUGGUGCAGAUCCUGCAGGACCUUCUCUCCCUCGCCUCCCUGCCAAGCGGUGGCAGGUUAUUCCGUGGCAAAAACAUCCACGUGCCUUUGCUCCUGGUUUUGGUCUCCUACAUGAGAGUGGCCAGUGUGCAACAGGUGGGCUGGUCUCUUCUUUGCAAACUUGUGGAAAUUUGCCCAGACAUUCUUCAGAAGUUAGCAGCUCCUCAAGGUGUUGGAAAAGAUUGGGAUGUGCUUGGUGUUCACCAGCACAUUCUUAAGAUGCUUAAGAUCCACAAUGCAAAUGUACUUCUUUCAACAGUUGGCCUCAAAACAUUAAAUCUGCUUCUUUCUUCAGAUGAAAUAACACUUCUUCUCUUGGAAGAAGGGACGGAUGUAUUUUUAUUGGUUUUUGAUGCUAUGGAUACAUUUUCUGAUAAUGAAGAGGUCCAGAAAUAUGGAUGUAAAGCUUUGCACAUGCUUCUGGAAAAAGUUCCAGAUGAGCAGCUGAUGGAAUUUGUUGAAGAUAAAGACCACAUGAUUAUACUAAAUGUGUUUAAAAAAUUCCCAGAGAAAGAGAACCUAGUCCUUCUUGCACUUUUAUCUCUACAUUUAUUAGCCGGGCCACCUAGCAAUGUGGAAGUUCUUAUGUCUGGAAAUGUACGGUGUUACAAUAUCAUAGUUGAAAUGAUGAAAACCUUCCCUAAGAGUGAGCCAAUUCAGGAAGUGAGCUGCUGCUUGUUGCACAAACUUACCAUGGAAAACUUCUUCAAUAUACUGGUAUUGAAUGAUGUACAUGAAGUCAUUGUGGAAGCUAUUGAAAAAUAUCCUGCAAAUGCAAAGCUACAGGCUGCAGGCCUCAGCUGCUUGGCUCUUCUCACAGAAACAAUAUUUUUAAAUAGAGAUUUGGAAGAAAACGAGGAAGAAGAGGAGGAGGAGGAAGAAGAAAAAAUAUGCUGGUUUAAAGCAUGCUACAAAGCAUUGAAAUUGCACCGGAAAAAUACAGAUGUACAGGAGGCUGCAUGUUGGGCUUUGAACAAUCUGUUUAUGUACCAACGUAAUCUUCACGAGAAGAUUGGAGACGAAGAGAAAAAGUUUCCAGUUCAUAGGGAAAUGAUGUUGGCCAUGUUGAUGCAUUCCUCUUCAAGGGAAGUGUUUCAGGCAGCUGCAAAUGCCUUGGCGACUCUACUGGAACAAAAUGUAAAUAUUAGAACAAUUCUGUUGGCGAAAGGAAUACACAUGAAUGUCCUGGACAUGAUGAAGAAACAUUCAAAUUCUUCCGAAGUUGCAGAAAGUGCAUGCAAAUUGUUGAAUCGUGCUUUUGAAGGAAGUUUUCUCCCUUUGGAUAUAAUGACAGUAACUGCAUCCAGAGUUGUGAAGGCAAUGAGGAAGCAUAAAACAUUGGCAUCUGUUCAGUUAGAGGCCCUUCAAGUUAUGUUACAUUUUAUGACUCCAGGAGCAUUGAAAAAAAUUAAGAACAACUCUUUGGGAGAUGCUGAUUUUGCGCUGACAAUGAAAGUGAUUAAAAACCAGUGUUUGUUAGAAGGGACCCACGCAUUGGUCCUUGAUGCUCUCAACACGUUCAUUAGCCAUCCUGGAAUUCAGAAGUGUGGAUUUCAGAUACUUUCAUCUGUGGUUGAGUGUUCAGGAGCCUUAGAAAUGUUGUCUCAGCAAGGGAUGACAGAUACUGUACUUCAUACACUACAGAUGUAUCCUGAUGAUCAAGAAAUACAGUGCUUAGGUUUAAGGCUCCUGGGAUCCUUGAUUACGAAAAAGACUUUGUGUAUCGCAACAAUACAUGUACUGGCUGUAAUCUUGGUUUCGACUUUACGACGCUUUAAGGAUGCUGUGGAAAUACAGGUGCAUGGAUUUCACACAAUUACGACAAUACUUGAUCUGUCACCUUGUUUUGCGAAGCUGUUAAUACAGGAGUCAUUUGAUACAGCCAUUUUUUAUCAGAUGUCCAUGUGUUUUACUGAACAAAGAGACCAGCAGUUUCAGAGUCUUUGUUGUAAAUGCUUUGCUAAAAUAGCUGAGAACGAUGAUUUAAAAAACCUGAUGUUGGAGAAAGCUUGUGCUGAAUAUAAUACCAUUAUGGUGGAAUGUUUGCUGUUGCUUGGAGCCGAUGUGAAUAAGAAGACAAAGGCAAACUCUUUAAUUUAUCAGGUUUGCGAGAAAGGCAGCAAUCCUAAAUUAGUAGAACUGCUGCUCAAUAGCGGCGCUCGAGAGCAGGAUGUCCGGAGUGCUCUGACAGUCAGCAUCAAGAAAGGAGACAGCCAGAUCAUUAGUUUGCUCCUGAAAAAGCUUAGCUUGGAUAUUGCCAACAGCAGCAUAUGCCUUGGAGGAUUUUGCAUUGGCAAAAUUGAACCUGCUUGGCUCAGCCCCUUAUUUCCAGAUAAACGAGCAUCCCUCAGGAAACAAACAAAUGCUGGUUCUGCAUUGGCCAGAAUGGUGCUGAGAUACCAAAGGACAAGCAGCUAUGAUGACCAGUCGAGAUCCAGCUCUGAUGUAAACACUUCUGAAGAUACAGUGGAGAAAAGUGAAGACUGGGCAUUCCUACCGGAUCCUUUAGUUGACAAUGUUUUUCGCCUGAGUGAUGAUAUAGAUAGCGAAGGGAGUGAAAGCUCAUAUCUUGUGAAGAGGAAAUCCAACUCGGUAGCAACUGCAGAUCUCCACAAGGACAUUGCUCUGCAGAAGUAUUCCCCUCCUCUUCAAAGGCAGUGGAACUCAAUUGGAGCUGGAUCACAGUAUGAACCGUUAAGGAAUCAGAGAAGAAAAACAAUGUCUUCAGAAGAAUCUAAUAAAGGUAUAUCGAAAUUCCAGCCAAAAGUAAAGCGCUCAGACAGUUCCUCUUCAUCCAUUUCUGACAAGGAAUAUAUAAAGUCACUAGACCUUUCAUCUAAUGAGCUGGAGAACAUCGAUGGUCUCAGUCAAAGUUCUUGCUUAACAACUCAUCUGGAACAUUUGGAGAAAUUGGAGCUUCAUCAAAAUGCCCUUUCAGGCAUCCCAGAACAACUGUGUGAGACAUUGAAGUGUUUGAGCUAUCUAGAUCUGCACAGUAAUCAGUUUACUACUUUUCCUCCAUACCUGUUGAAAAUGCCUUGUAUAGCACACCUUGAUGUUUCACGCAAUGACAUUGGUCCGUCAUUAAUUUUGGAUUCAAAAAUUGUCUGUGCAACUCUGAAACUACUGAAUUUGUCCUACAACCAGUUGUCAUGCAUUCCUGAAUGUCUUGCCAAUGUUGCAGAAAAACUGGAGCACCUUGUAUUAGAAGGUAACAAACUUUCAGGCAUAUUCUCACCUAUAUGUUUAAAAGAACUGAAGGUUUUAAACAUCAGCAAGAAUGCCGUAUCAUUCUUGGUUGAGAAUUUUCUGAAGGAAUGUUUGAAAUUGGAGACGCUGAAUGCUGGGAUGAAUUUGCUUGAUGCCAUUCCUGAUUUGUCAUCUAACAUAACUACAUUAAAAUUGUCGCAGAAUAAUUUUUCAGACAUUCCAGAAGCAAUUCUCCUUCUUCCACAUUUACGCUCAGUGGAUUUAAGUAACAAUAAGAUAGUAAGUUUACCUGGACCUUUGCACUGGAAAUCUUCUAAUUUAAGAGAGGUGCUACUGAACCACAAUCAAAUAAGUAUUUUAGACUUAAAUGAAAAACCUUUGUCAUGGUCUCGACUUGAGAAGCUACAUCUGUCUAACAACAAGUUAAAAGAGAUUCCCCCUCAGAUUGGGUUUCUUGAUAACCUGACGUCUUUUGAUGUCAGUCACAAUCCUGAGUUAAGAUGUUUCCCUGAUGAAAUGGGGAAGUUGUCCAAAAUAUGGGACCUGCCUUUGGAAGGGUUACAGCUAAAUUUGGAUUUCAAACAUGUUGGAUGGAAAGCAAGGGACAUUAUAAGGUUUCUUCAACAGCGCUUAAAAAAAGCUGUCCCUUAUAACCGGAUGAAGCUCAUGCUCGUUGGAAAUACUGGCAGUGGUAAAACGACACUGUUACAACAGCUGAUGAAAUGCAGGAGACCAGACCUGGGACUCCAGAAUGCUACAAUUGGAAUUGAUGUGAAUGACUGGAAAAUUCCAGUGAAGGGCAAAGUGAAAAAAGAUGUUGUAUUAAAUGUCUGGGACUUUGCAGGCCAGGAGGAAUUCUACAGUGCUCAUCCUCACUUUAUGACUCAGAGAGCUCUAUACCUUGCUGUUUAUGAUCUUAGCAAAGGAGAGGCUGAAGUGGAUGCUAUGAAGCCAUGGUUGUUUAAUAUCAAGGCCCGAGCAUCAUCAUCACCUGUGAUCCUCAUUGGUACUCAUUUAGACAUCUCUAAUGAGAAACAACGUAAAGCAUGUGUCAGUAAAAUUACAAAAGAACUAAUGAACCAGAGAGGGUUUCCAGCAAUCCAAGAUUAUCACUUUGUGAAUGCUACAGAAGAAUCCGAUGCUAUGGCCAAACUUCGAAAAACCAUCAUAAAAGAGAGUCUGAAUUUCAAAAUCAGAGACCAGCCUGUUGUUGGGCAGUUAAUUCCAGACAGCUAUUUGGAACUUGAGAAGAGAAUUUUAGAGGAACGCACACAUGUUCCAGUUGAAUUUCCCGUGAUUGAUCAGAAGCGAUUAUUUGAAUUGGUGCAAGAAAACAAGCUGCAGUUGGAUGAAAAUGAACUCCCUCAUGCUGUUCACUUUCUGAAUGAAUCAGGUGUUCUGCUGCAUUUUCAAGAUCCAGCGCUUCAGCUCAGAGACUUAUAUUUUGUUGACCCUAAGUGGCUUUGUAAAAUCAUGGCACAGAUCUUAACAGUGAAGGUUGAAGGCUUCCCUAAGUAUCCAAAAGGAAUCAUAAAGCGUUCUGAUGUAGAAAAAUUCCUGCUAAAGAAAAGCAAAUUUCCUAAGAUUUACAUGUCGCAGUACUUCAAGCUCCUGGAGAAGUUCCAGAUAGCGUUACCAUUAGGAGAAGAUCAGCUCCUUGUUCCAAGCAGCUUGUCAGAUCACCGUCCUGUAAUAGAAUUGCCCCACUGUGAAAACUCAGAAAUUAUCAUAAGGCUGUAUGAGAUGCCCUAUUUUCCUAUGGGAUUCUGGUCCAGGCUGAUCAACAGAUUGCUUGAAGUGUCUUCUUAUAUGCUUUCUGGAAGAGAAUGUGCUCUUCGUCCUAAUAGGAUGUAUUGGAGGCAAGGCAUAUACCUGAACUGGUCCCCAGAAGCCUAUUGCUUGGUGGAAUCUGCCGUUUUCGAAAACAAUCCAAACAGUUUCCUAAAAAUUACUGUGCCUUCUUGCAGGAAAGGUUGUAUCCUCUUGGGGCAAGUCGUUGAUCACAUUGAUUCUCUUAUGGAAGAAUGGUUCCCUGGCUUACUAGAGGUUGAUGUGUGUGGCGAAGGAGAAACCCUUUUGAAAAAAUGGGUUCUGUAUAGUUUUGAAGAUGGUGAAGAGCAUCAGAAAAUAUUACUUGAUGAUCUACUUAAAAAAGCAGAGGAGGGUGACCUCCUGGUUAAUCCAAAUCAACCCAAAUCUACCAUUCCAAUAGCUCAGAUUGCUCCAGACCUGAUCCUGGCUGACUUGCCUAGAAAUAUCAUGUUGAACAAUGAUGAAUUAGAAUUUGACCAAACUCCAGAAUUUCUUUUAGGUGAUGGUGGGUUUGGAUCUGUAUAUCGUGCUUCUUAUGGUGGAGAAGACGUGGCUGUAAAGAUUUUUAAUAAGCACACUUCUCUUCGUCUCUUAAGACAAGAACUGGCGGUGCUUUGCCAUCUUCAUCACCCUAGUUUGGUAUUCUUGCUGGCUGCAGCAGUGCGUCCCCGGAUGCUUGUCAUGGAAUUAGCCCCGAAGGGAUCUCUGGAUCGAUUAUUGCAACAAGACAAUGCAAGUUUGACAAGAACUCUCCAGCACAGGAUAGCCCUACAUGUUGCAGAUGGCUUAAGAUACCUUCAUUCAGCGAUGAUCAUCUACCGUGAUUUGAAACCCCAUAAUGUGCUGCUCUUUACACUGUAUCCUAAUUCAGCUGUCAUUGCAAAGAUUGCUGAUUAUGGUAUUGCCCAGUAUUGUUGCAGGAUGGGAAUAAAAACAUCUGAAGGCACACCAGGAUUUAGAGCACCAGAAGUUGCACGGGGGAAUGUUAUUUACAACCAGCAAGCUGAUAUUUAUUCAUUUGGCUUGCUCUUGUAUGACAUUUUAACAGCUGGUGGGAGGAUAUUGGAAGGCAUGAAAUUUCCGAAUGAAUUUGAUGAACUUGCUAUCCAUGGAAAACUGCCAGAUCCUGUCAAAGAGUAUAACUGCUCUCCCUGGCCAGAAGUUGAAGAUUUAAUUAAGAAAUGCUUGAAAGAAAAUCCUCAGGAAAGACCUACUUCUGCACAGGUUUAUGAGAUUCUGAACUCUGCAGAACUUGUGUGCCUAAUGAGAUACAUUUCACUACCUUGUGCUUCUGCAUCCGAAUGCAUGGUUGCUACCCAUCAAAGUUGCAAGAAGAUGGGCAUCUGGCUGGGUAGUGGGAACCAAGAAGGAGCACAACUUUCAUUUAUUGACUUGAAUGCUGAUGGACAUACUUGUCAGGACAUUGCAGACACUCGAAUAUUGUGUUUGGUCUUGGUUACUCUUGUUACAGAGAAGGAAAACUGGGUAGUAGCAGGAACACAGUCUGGUUCCCUGUGGGCCUUUCACACCCAAGAGGAAAAGCGCAGGCACCAACUUCAGAAGAUGUCCGACUCUGUGACAUGUCUUUAUUGCAACUCUUUGGCAAAGCAAAACAAGCAGAAGAAUUUCUUUUUAGUGGGUACUGCGGAUGGACAGCUAGCGGUUUUUGAAGACAGAGCAGUAAAGUGCAAAGGUGCUGCCCCCUUGAAGAUUUUACCCGUUGGAAACAUCAGUACCCCUUUUAUGUGUUUAACUGAAUCGAAUUAUUCUUCUGAAAAGAAUAUAAUUUGGGGAGGCUGUGGGACGAAGAUUGUAUCAUUGUCCAGUGAUCUGUGUGUCCAAAGGCUCAUUGAGACAAAGACAAGCCAACUAUUAUGCCACAAAGCGUACAGUGAUGCCAAUAUUAUUUCAAUAGCAGUCGAUAAAUCCAUCUACUUGGCAAAGAAGAACAGCUACUUUGUUGAAAUUUGGGAUAAAAAGACUGAGAAACUUUGUGAACUAAUUGACUGUGUUCAUUUUCUAAAAGAGGAGGUGCCAAAACUGAAUAAAGAAUCAAAGCAAAAACUUGCCUAUCCUGGAAGAGUGAAGAGCAUCUGCCUGCAAAAGAACACGGCCCUUUGGAUAGGAACAGGGGGAGGGCAUAUCCUUUUGCUAGACCUCUCCACACGCCGCCCCAUAAGAAUAAUAAAUGAUUUCUGCGAUUCUGUCCGAUUCAUGGCGACAGCUCAAUUAGGAUGUCUCAAAAAUGUUGUUCUGGUGUUGGGAUACUGCCGUAGAGGGGACGGUGAAGACAACAAAUAUGCCAAAGGAAUACAGUCAUGUGUGUCUGUAUGGGACAUCAACCUGCCACACGAAGUUCAAAACAUGAGAAAACAUAUUGAAAUAAGACGAGAAUUAGCAGAGAAAAUGAAGACUGUUUCUUUGGAUUAACAGACAUGGCAGCCCUUUAAUUCGCUGAACUGGACACUUAUUUCAGGGUCUUUGCAAAGGGAAAACUUCUGUUGAGUUUCUUGUCGAAAUAUUACUCUGGCUUGAAAUACAAAGAAGGAAAAUGGCAGAGAUUGCAAACUAGAAUUGUUGAAACUUAAAUUAUUUGAUGGAUAAUCUCAAAUAUAGCACUCCUGCUUUAUAGAAUCCCCUGUCCCUUUUUAUAUACUAUAUUUAUUUAUAUGUAUAUAAUUUAAUUAUAUUUUGUAUUCUUCUUCGCUUUUUAAAAGAUCUAGUACAUUAAUGCAGGCAUGCUGUAAAGCUGUAUAACUUUGAAUAUAGGUAGUCAAACAGGUAAUGCCUGUACAGUAUUAUUAGUCAUUUACAUGGCUGACUCUUUCUGUGAAUAUGGUAGUUUCAUUUUGCUACGUUUGCUUGUUUUUCAUCCACUUAAUAGUUAGAUACCCAUAAUAUGUAUUACAAUUUUUGUAAAUAUAUUUUUCAAGCACUUUAUAUUUUUGCAAAAGCAAUCUUGAUGGGAUUUUCUGUUACACACUACUGGCUAAUGUCAGUUGAAAUGCUUUUUGCCUUCGCCCACAUACAUGACCACCAAAUUUUAUGAUGUUUACAGGAUCAGAGGGGUAUGACAUCCACAUAGUAUAUACCUUUCCCAUAUGACAAACCAGAAUUCAAAGCUACUAACUGCCUUGAUGUUCAAACCAUAGCCUAAAGCAGUGGUUCUCAACCUGGGGUUCCCAGAUGUUUUUGGCCUACAACUCCCAGAAAUCCCAGCCAGUAUACCAGCUGUUAGGAUUUCUGGGAGUUGAAGGCCAAAAACAUCUGGGGACCUCAGGUUGAGAACCACUGGCCUAGAGGGUAAGAUGUUUUUCUAGGAUGUCUUGAAUCUUUAAAUAACCAAUUUCUCUUAAGAAAAUGAUGGAGAUCCUGAGAAGUAACCAUUGUGUUUUUUUGUGUGGUUGUAUGUUUGGAGUUCCUGAUUUUGAAGCUCUACUUUAACCUACUCUUCAUACACUGAUAUAACUGUUUUAUUUAUAUAGGAAUUGUAAAAUGGCAUGACUUUCAUGUAAUAAAAUUAUAUCUUUCGCACACAA